AUGGCACAGAAAUGUGUUCACCAGGGCUGUGGCAAGGAGUACACAGACCCCGAGGAGAAGUGCUACUACCACCCCGGUCCACCUGUCUUCCACGAAGGGCAGAAAGGAUGGAAGUGCUGCAACCCACGUGUCUUGACUUUUGAUGAAUUCAUGGAGAUCACGCCCUGCACGACCGGCGUCCACUCCACCACCGACAAGCCCCCUCAAAUCGAAGAGAAGCCCAAGGUUGACGAAGCGGCGCUGGCCAAGAAGAUAGAGGAGGCAGCCCCGGGGCGGGCUCCCAUCCAACCCGCACAGCAUGUGCCGACCCCGCCCCCGCCACCUCCAGAGUCCGAGGACGACGACCCGAGCUUAGAGAUUCGGGACGGUACCAUAUGCAGGCGCAAGACGUGCGGCGCCAAGUACAAGAAGGGGGCUUCCCGGGAUGGGGAGAAGUGCACUCACCACCCCGGUGUUCCAAUUUUCCAUGAGGGUAGCAAGGGAUACUCUUGCUGCAAGCGAAGAGUAUUGGAGUUCGACCAGUUCAUGCUCAUCGAAGGAUGUAAGACAAAAGAUAAGCAUCUCUUUAUCGGAAGUGGGAAGAAGGAUAAGGCGGCCGGGGGAGGCGAGGAGGUUUUGACCACUGUUCGACACGACUUUUACCAGACCCCCAAGUCGGUCAUCGCAUCCAUCUUCCUGAAGAAGAUUGUGAAGGACACCGCCAAGGUCGAGUUCCUGGCCAAGUCUCUGAACCUGGACCUCGUGACUAGCGACUCACCUCCUAAGCGAUAUGCCACCGAGUUCCCGCUUUUUGGCGAGAUUGACACGGAGCAGUCCUCGUUCAAGGUUCUUGGAUCAAAGCUGGAGUUGAAUCUCGUCAAGGCGGACGGGGCAUCCUGGCCUGUGCUGCGAAGCGACGACGCACUGACCGGAGAGAUCCUGCAGAUCGGAAAGGCUGGCCGCGCGUGA